AUGAGCUCUGCUAUUUCUUAUUAUCUCCUGUUUGUUUUUCCAGGCUGCAGACUCUUGGCUGUGGAACUGACAUCCAGCAACACCAAGCCCGUGGUGCAGGAAUUCCAGAGUGUUGAGCUGUCCUGCAUCAUUAAAUCCACCGUAACCCCAGAUCCCAGAAUUGAGUGGAAGAAAAUCCGAGAUGGAGAGACCUCUUACGUGUUUUUUGACAAUAAAAUGCAGGGAGACUUUGCGACUCGCGCAGAAAUUCUGAGCCGGACGUCGCUGGUGAUUAAAAACACCACCCGGAUGGACACAGCCACGUACCGCUGUGAAGUGGCAGCACCUUCCGAUACUAAAACCAUCGACGAGAUUAAUAUCCAGCUCACAGUCCAAGUGAAACCCAUGACUCCCAGAUGCACUGUGCCUAAAGCCGUACCCGUCGGCAAGACAGCCUCUCUCCACUGCCACGAGAACGAAGGUUACCCCAAGUCCACGUACAGCUGGUACCGCAACAGCGAACCCUUAUCGCCAGACACGAAAUCAAACGCCAAAUUCCAGAAUUCCUCCUACACCUUGAACCCCACCACAGGCACUCUGGUUUUCCACGCCGUGCACAAGGGCGACACAGGCCGUUACUCCUGCAUAGCGACCAAUGACGCUGGCUUUGCCAAGUGUGAGGAGCAGGAGAUGGAAGUCUAUGACCUCAACAUCGGCGGGAUAAUUGGUGGAGUCCUGGUGGUCCUGGCAGUUCUGGUGCUCAUCACUCUCGGGAUCUGCUGCGCCUACAGAAGGGGUUACUUUGCAAACAGCAAAGAGAGCGGGGAGAGCUACAAGACUCCAGCAAAACCUGAUGGCGUUAACUAUAUCCGGACAGAUGACGAGGGUGACUUCAGACACAAGUCUUCAUUUGUCAUAUAAGGCGCCAAAAGAAUAUUGCAAACCAGCAAGUGUGAAAAUACCUCCUCCAGGAACUCAAAGCGAGAGCAAAAGAUGAAUUAAGUGCGCUUGGAAGAGUUUGGAACACACAAGAACUCGAUAGCUAGCUAUCUGUGUAUCUUCUUUUUUUCUUUGCCAAAGUUUAAAGUAACUCCUCACUGCCCAAACUGCGUCUGCCCUGCCUCCGGAGGUACCGACAGGAUCACCUAAACCUCUCCUUGGACUGAGG